GCAGGCAGAAUGGAUGACGUCGCAAGUGUUCAAUUGGAAAAUGAAAAUUUACGGAAAAUAAGGUCCAGAUUGCUGCAAUGGGAAACAAAAAGUAAUGGACUAGCAGCGUUGAACGUGGUCCAAGAGGAAUGUUUGGAGCAAAUCAACCUUGUGUGGUCACAGGACAAUGCCGAUCCAGAUGACUGUAGUAAGGACACUGAAGUGAAGAACAACAUUGAAGAAAAUGGGUUAGUGCCUUCACUUAACGAUUUGAAAUUGACUACGGUAUCGGGUAUUGAUACUACCCAUGAUUUUUUGGUGUGGUACGAUCGGGUUCAUGCCGAAAUUCAAGAAAAUACUGACAUCGCAUCGCACCGCUAUCUGCACCAAUUGAUGACAAGGAGUAAUGAAUGUGCUCAUAUAUUGGAUCAGAUUGAACAAGCCAUGGCUCGACUGAAGACCCUAAGAGAGGAAUAUGCAUUCGUUUCAGACAAAACUGAAGCGCUGAACACCGCAAGCGAACAGUUAAUCGAAGAACAGGAAAAACUUCAGAAAUUGGGCGAAGAUAUACACAAACGUUUGCACUAUUUUAGUCAGGUAGAAUUGCUUAAUCAGCGCUUACAUAGCCCUACGCUGUCGGUAGCUUCAGAAUCAUUCCGAGAAUGUUUGAAUAAAAUCGAUGACUGCCUUACCUACUUAAAGGAGCAUCCGACAUUCAAAGAUUCCCAUGCAUACACUGUUAAAUAUAAACAUUGUUUGGCCAAAGCAGUCACAUUGAUCAAGAAUUACGUCAAUAAUGUUAUGUCUCAAGCGACAGAAGCCACUCUACGACCUAGAAAUAUUACACCUAGUGGUAGUGGAGACAUUGCUCCUACUUCGCCUGAUGCCGCAUUCGCACUAUAUUAUGGAAAGUAUCAAACGUCAGCGGCAAAGGUGAAAAGAGUUUCGCAAAUGAUUGAAUCUCGAGUCGAUGUUUGCCCAGAAUAUGCCAACCUAUUGGCGGAAAUGCAGCAAAACUAUUUGAAUGAAAGAUCCACAAUAAUGACGCCAUCAGUGGAUAAAGCCAUCAAGGACAUAAAGGCUCAACACAAGGGAGACCACUGUACGUUGAUGCGUAGCUCCUGUUCAUUUUUGGUGCACAUCUGUCAAGACGAACAUCGUCUGUAUUAUCAAUUCUUUGCAACAGAAAGUGAAGUGCUGACGACAUAUUUGGAAAGUUUAUGUAAUAUUUUGUAUGACACAAUGCGUCCAUUUAUUAUUCAUAUAAAUCAUUUGGAAACACUAGCAGAAAUUUGCUCUAUUUUGAGAAUAGAAAUGUUGGAAGAACAUGUUCAGCAAAAUCCCACGCCUCUUGAAGCGUUUGCUUCCGUUGCCAACCAGUUACUACAAGAUGCCCAAGAACGUUUGGUAUUUAGAGCCCAUUUGUAUUUGCAAUCAGAUAUAUUAAAUUAUAAUCCAUCUGCUGGUGAUCUGGCUUAUCCAGACAAAUUGGAAAUGAUGGAGAGCAUUGCUUUAUCAUUACAAGAACCGGCACAGUUGAAACGCUUUGACUCCAGAUCAUCGUUGAUAUCUACAAAUUCAAACAUUACUGAGGCCGAAAGUGUUGACACAAGCGUAAGCCGUGUUCGAAGUAUGAAUUCGCCAGCCGAUUUACAUGGUAUGUGGUAUCCAACUGUAAGGCGUACCCUAGUAUGUUUAUCUCGUUUGUAUCGCUGUGUCGAUAGACCAAUAUUUCAAGGAUUGUCACAGGAGGCCUUAAAGUUGUGUAUACAGAGUGUUUCAUCAGCUGCUACUAAGAUAGCCCAAGCUAAGACUCCCAUUGAUGGUGAAUUAUUCGAGAUUAAGCAUUUGCUUAUAUUGCGGGAGCAAAUUGCACCAUUCCGAGUGGACUUUACAGCUAAAGAGACUUCGUUGGAUUUUAGCAAAGUAAAGACGGCUGCAUUCGGUCUUUUACAGAAAAGAAAGCAGCUCUUUUCGAUGGGUAGUAAUAAUGCCUUGCUGGAAUUCCUGCUCGAAGGUACCCCGCAAAUUAAAGAACACCUAUUGGACUCUCGAAAAGAGGUCGAUAGACAGCUAAAAUUAAGCUGCGAACAGUUUAUUAAGGAUGCGGUGCAUACAUUAGCUGCACCACUAAUGUUAUUCCUUGACAAAGCACAAGCCGUGGUCAACAGUGAUGCUAAAAUUGCUUCGACUAGCAAGGACCAACCGCAGCCGCAUCCUGCCGUUACGAAAGUCAACUAUACAUUGAGGCAAAGUUCUUGGGCAAGUCCACAACAAAUUAGCAGUGUCAUACAAGAAACCCAACGUCUGAUCAAGACCAAAUUACCUGCUUUGCAAAGAUCCAUGCAAUUGUAUUUGAGUAAUCGUGAUACUGAGUUCAUAAUAUUCAGGCCUAUUAGAAAUAAUGUUAUACAAUCAUUUGUAAAACUGGAACAACUAUUGACGACAAAUGGCUACAGUGCAGACGACAUGAUCAUAACUAGUUGUCCAUCAGCAGAGCAGGUCUCUAUAUUACUUUCUAGCGCCAGUAUUCUUGCAACGGAGGCAAUUGUAAAUUUCUCAGCUUCUCAGCGCAAAAUUAGUGCUUCUUCUAGUGAUGCUGGUUGUCCCACUCCUCCCAGGAAAAUAUCUCUGGACAAGAAAGUCAGUUUCGAGGGGGGAUCCACCAACGUGUCGAGUCACAUGGAAAAUUUGACAGAAGUAUCGGAAUCCUCUGGGAAUAAUAGCAAUGUGACUUCGCCAACGGCCCAAUCACCAGUGCCCCCACCUCAAUAA